CGAAUUCAUCCCUCAAGUUUCAAAUUCUACAAUUAGGUUUUAAUAUCCGAUUGAGGUAAAUUAAAUGUCCAAAAUAAAGAUAUUUGAUUGUUCUAGAACAGUCCGAGCUGGUGCCACCCGUCGUUUCAUAAGUUGAAGAGAUCGGAGAUAGGUCCCACGUCAUAAAUUGUGUAUUUUGAUUGUUCUAGAAUACAUACAUCGAUCAUUCAUAUGGACUUGGACAAUCUAUGUUACGUUCGAUAAUCAACAAAUUCAAGAUAUACUAUUACAAAAAACCUUCUAGAAACAUCAUUGCAUUUUUGACAAGGUAAACAAGAGAGUCCGACACCGUUUUAAAUCAAGCUCGUCGUAUAUUGUUAACCCAGUCUGAUUUGCAUCUCUCGAACGAUUUGCAAACUACUAUACAAGGGAUGAUGAAUGAAUUUACAAUGUCAAUGAAAACACGACACGUUCAAUACUAAUACUCGGUCUUUACCCGUUUUAAUUAAAUUGAACCAAUAUCUAAUAUUAUUGAUCUACAAUGGUAAUUCACAUUAGAAAUGUGGGGUAACAUUUGAAUAAAAUGCCCAAAUUUUCACCCACUCCAAGGUUGAAAAAUUCAUAUGGCAGAAAAAAAAUGUCAUCUACAAGAAAGAAAAACUCAACCAAUUGAAAAUAAUAAAUAGCACAUAAAGAAAAGAUGUGGAAGGUGCAUGGUGUCUCUAUCCCAAUAAGUCAAUACACACAAAUCCUAUGUGCGUUUACACUUCACACACACACAUACACACACACACAUAUAGAGAGAUAGAUACAAUGUAUGUAUGUAUAUAUAUAGAGGAUACGUACAAAGCAAUAUUUGGUUGGUUUGUGAGAAGGGGCCAGAAGAAAAGCUCCUUGCAUUUCCCAUGAACUGUGGAUCAGUCGUGUUGGGCUUUUAUUGCUGGGGUUGGGAGUUUCUAACCGCCCUUCUUCUCUUCUCCACCACCCCCUACCACCACCUCCGCCACCUCUCCUCCUCCUCCUAAAACCUCUUUCUCCCUCUUCCAAUCCAAAUAUAUAUAAAUACACAUAUACAUACAUAUAUAUAUAACAUAACAAAAAAGAAGAAAGAAGUUUCUAUAAUGGAGAGUGAUCAGAGUGAAAAGGGGUUGUUGGUGGAGGAAUAUGUGAGGAAGGGUUUGCCGCCGCCUCCUUUCUUGAUGAAGACAUAUAUGCUGGUGGAGGAUCCGGCGACCGACGAGGUUAUAUCUUGGAACGAAGGCGGCACCGCCUUUGUGGUGUGGCAACCGGCGGAGUUCUCGAGGGACUUACUCCCCACACUCUUUAAACACAGCAAUUUCUCCAGCUUUGUUCGGCAACUCAACACUUAUGGUUUUCGUAAAAUAGCAACAAAUCGGUGGGAAUUCAGCAACGACAUGUUCCGUAAGGGUGAAAGAGAUCAACUAUGCGAGAUCCGUCGGAGGAAAGCAUGGUCCAACAAGUCGCAGCCUAAAGUACAAGUCCACCAAGCAUCACCACCACCACCACCGCCAAAAGAUCAAUCGUCGGAAAACGAAGACCAAAGGUCUUCAUCAACCUCUUCUUCGUCGGAAUUCACUACCCUAAUCGAUGAGAACAAAAAACUCAAGCAAGAAAACGGGAUUCUGAAUUCCGAACUAGCGAUUAUGAAGAAAAAAUGCAAGGAACUUCUUGAUUUAGUAGCUAUCUAUGGAGGCAAGUGUGGGAAGAAAGAAGAGCAAAAAGAAGAGGAAAACAAUGAGGGGCCAAAGCUUUUUGGUGUGAGAUUGGAAGUUGAGGGUGAAAUUGAGAAGAAAAGAAAGAGAGUUGAGAUUAGAGGAGGGUGUUAGGGUAAUUAAACAAUAUGCAAAAAUAAAUGAUCUUUUGGGCCUAAAUUAGAGUUUAUGAAAUUUUUGGGGGUAAAAAGGGAAUUUUACGUAGAUAUGUAACAUGCAAGAAUGUUGUAUAAGGAGCUGUGAAGAGACGGUUCCUAAUUUAGCUUGUCUUGAAUUGUAAAUAAGUUUUAAUGGAAAUCUUUUAUGUAAGAAAAUAAUUUGCCAACUUAA